AUGUCAUAAAAAAAACAAAGUAGAUAAAAUCAAAUCAAAUAGCCAAUAAAACAAAUAAAAACCCAAAUGACAGAAGCUGAAAAUUCUAUAUUAGUACAAUAAGAAGGUAAUUAAAAGCCAGAAGAAUUUGUAAAUUGUAUUUUUAAUUAUAGCCUUUAAAUUCUACUUAGAAAUAAGGCAAUAAAUCACAUAAGGACAAAGAAUAAAAAGCUUAAUUUUCAAUUUUUAAAUAUUUAAAACCUACUCCUGAUCCUGCUUUAGUUUGGGAACCUCAUUAAAAUAAAAAUUUGAUUAGUGAACUAUAAGAAUUAAUAGAAAAUCGCUUUAACGAGGUUAAGAGAAGCUCAAGCAUAUAUAAAUAUUAUGCUAAAAUAGGAUUUCAAGUUUUUAUAUAUCUAUUAAAUAUACUUGAACUUAUCUUUACAUUAGUUUACGAUUCAUAUAAUGAAUUAUGGUCAUAUUUUAAGCUCUGCUAUAUUAUUUCUAUACUUUUUUGUGUUUUACUUCAUUGUGGAGUCUGGAUGUACACAUAUAAAUUCAGGGAAGUUGAAAAACAACACAUUUGUAUUGAUAUUUUGAACUAUAUAUACUAUUUGUUUAUGGGAGCAUUGAGUUAUUUUAAAUUAGCUCCUUUUAUUUAUUAUUUCAAAAGAGAUAAAUCAAUUAAAUAGUUUUCAUUUAGUGAAAUUAAUAAAUACUUGUAAUUAAGUGGAGAAGAUAAAUUUAGAAAUCCAUGUAUGCUUUUUAAAAAAAGAACAAAACCUGUAAAUAUAUUUAGGGAUUUAAUAUUUCACAGAGUUGCUCUAGUCUCAAUGAUGAUUACAAUGACAAUUUAAACUAUUCCAUAAAUCUUUAUAUAAGGUUUUUAUAACACAGUAGCAGAAAAAUGGGAUGGAUUUAAUGUGAUUAGUUUUUUAUUAUUAAUAAGUAAUUUAAUCUAUUACUUUAUGGAAUUAUAAUUUAUUGUAUUCUCUACAACCUAUAGAUAAAUGCAUACAGAACUUUAAUUUAAAUUGAAGAAAAUCAAAUUAAAAUUUAUUUAAGAAACUAAAUAACUAUUAAAAGCUGAUUUAAAAUAUAUUGGAUUUGUUUAAUCUUUUUAUUUUCAUAUUGAUUCAAGUAAAUUCAGUUCUUAUUAAAAGAAAAGAUGUAUGAUUUAAAU